AUGUCCACCCUCAAGACCAGCAGGCUCGCGCCGAACGCGCCCUCGCCGACGCCCUCAAGCACCUCCGCGAACGGCACCAAGCGCAAGCGUCCUGAGGAGACUUCCAAGGUGGUGUACUCGCAGCCGCUUGACACAGAGCAGCGCGACCACCUCUUCACGCAGUGUACCUACGCCUUGGAGCACCUGCGCGGACAGCCUGACAGAUGGUUCACCUUCAACGAUAUAAUGAACUAUCUCAACAUCAGGGAAGACGACCACGUCGUCCGCAAGCACAUGAAGGACUUCUUCCAUGCCGACAACGCCACCCAGAAGAUCGAGUACAAUCCUGCGACCAAGAAGUACCGCUUCAAGCCCAAGUACAACGUCCGCAACAAUGCAGAGCUCAGGCAAUAUCUUCAGAACCAGAAGUCUGCGCAGGGCUUGGCGGUCAAGGAUCUGAAGGAGGGCUGGGUCAAUGUGCAGGAUGACCUCCGGAUCCUGGAGGCCAGGAAGCAGAUUCUUGUGAGGCACAAUCAGAAGGAUAUGAAUGCGAAGACUGUGUGGAAUAACGACUCGACGCUCAUGCACCACGUUGAUCCAGAGUUUAAAGAGGAGUGGCACCACGUCAUCAUCCCGCAGGGCCAGGAUGAUCUGCGCAAGACUCUCGUAGCAGCCGGUCUCAAGCCGUCGAGCGCGCCUCGUCUCCCCACCACAACUAAACCCAAGGAGACGAAGCGCAAGACCGCUCGUCGUGGUGGCAAGCAGACCAACACCCACAUGGCAAGCAUCCUCAAGGACUUUUCGCACCUACGCAAGUAA